CAACCCUAGGGCAUUUAUUGCUGGCGGCGUUAAAUACCCACGUUAUAUUCCGUCUCUACCCGACUUUUCCAUUGUCUUUUGCGCCUCUUUUUUCACCCACACCAAUCCCAAGUCAAAAGGUCUUGACUUCAAAGGAGAAGCUGCUGAAAAUGGAUUCAGGAGUGAAGAAUGCAACAGUGACCAGGGUGAUAGGCAGGACUGGGUCAAGAGGGCAAGUAACCCAGGUAAGAGUGCGGUUUAUUGAUGAUACCAGGGAGAUCACAAGGAAUGUGAAGGGACCAGUCAGGGUUGGGGACAUUCUCACCCUUCUUGAGUCUGAGAGGGAAGCAAGGAGGCUACGCUGAUGCCACCGAUCUUGGGUCAUGUUUUGGUUGGAAUAUUCAUAGAUUUUUCAUUUGCAUUAAUAAUUUGUAGGUUGAACAAAAAAUAGUCUUUUCAGCAACUGCGGACAGUAUCCAUGUCAUGUUUAAUUAUCUCUAGACUAAUUGAGCUUUCCUUUGCUCACCUUAGAAGGUAACACUCUUUGCAGUCUGGAAUGUGUCUUAUUUUGCCA